CUUCGUAGCGCGCUUCACGGCUUCCGGCACGCGUCGCACGCGUCGUACGCGUCUGUGAGUGUAGCUGGGCUUCGAUCUGCUUCACCUGCGCGUCUCUGCCCGAUCAGGAGCCUCUGUCCCCCGCGAGAGGAGAGCGAUGGGCUUCCGAAAGAAGAGCAAGAGUCCGCCCGUGCUGAGCCACGAGUUUGUGAUCCAGAAUCACGCGGAUGUGGUGUCCUGUGUGGCCAUGAUCGUCCUGCUGGGGCUCAUGUUUGAGGUGACAGCAAAAUUUGCAAUUAUGUUCAUCACAGUCCAGUAUAAUGUCACACAAAGCCUGGAUACGGAUGCAGAGGACAAGCCUGAGUCUGUCAACUACUACAAGUACGGUCCCAAGGACAUGGCCACUGUCUUCUUUUACCUGCUCAUUGCCGUAAUCCUUCAUGCCCUGAUUCAAGAGUACAUACUCGAUAAAAUCAACCGUCGGCUGCACUUGUCCAAAACAAAGCACAGCAAGUUCAAUGAGUCGGGCCAGCUGGCCACCUUCUACUCGCUCUCCUUCGUCUGGGGCUGCAGCAUCCUCACCAGUGAGGAGUUUGUGACAAAUCCGACUUUUCUUUGGGAAGGUUAUCCUCAUAUCAACAUGGCUUUCCAAGUGAAGUUUUUCUAUAUCUGUCAGAUUGCCUACUGGUUCCAUGCUCUUCCGGAGCUGUAUUUUCAGAAAGUACGAAAGGAGGACAUUCCACGUCAGCUGUACUACAUUUGCCUUUAUAUAUUUCACAUCGCUGGUGCCUACGUCCUUAAUCUCCACCGCCUGGGUCUGGUUCUUCUGGUGCCGCAUUAUCUGGUAGAGCUGCUCUUCCACGCCUCGCGACUCUUCUACUUCAGUGAUGAAAACAAGCAGAAGGGGUUCACGCUGUGGGCUCUGCUGUUUGUCAUCACCCGCCUCCUGACGCUCACCGUUUCUGUCCUGACGUUUGGUUUCGGCCUGUCCCGCACAGAUAAUCAGGGAUUCUCUUUAGCAGAGGGAAACUUUAAUGUGCUGACUGUCAGGAUGACAUGCCUGUCAGCCAUCUGCCUGACCCAGGCCUGGAUGAUGUGGAAAUUCAUCAAUUUCCAGCUGAAGAAGUGGAGAGAACAAUCUCAAAUCCAGGCCAGCAAGAAGAAAGCUGUCAGCCCAAAAAGCAGACCCAACAAGAAGGACUCUCGGGGGGGUUCAGUCAAUGGAGUCAUGAAACCAGAUGACAAGACAUCGCCAAGAGCAAGAAAAUCUAAAGCCUCGUAAGAGGAAACCGAGAGCAGCUGCCCAAAAUGUGAUGCUCUGUUUCCACUCUGAACUUUAGAAGAGAAACAGAUUUGAUAACUGCGAAAAGAACCACAGGAACAAACUAAGGAACUUAGUUGUACGGCAUGGUUCAGGUUUUAUUUAUCUCCUGUUUUUCCUGUCUGCAUCUUUAAAACGAACUUUAGAUUUUUAAUCAAUCAUUAUAUCCAUAUGCUUGUGACUUUUUAGCAAGACUGAGAGGUUUUCUGAGGGUUUUGUGAUCGAUGUGAAGAGAAGACGUUGCACUUCGCUCGCUCGUUGAAGCAUUUAUCCGGCCCUGAACACGAUUAAACCCUAUUCAGUGUGAUUUGUACGCUUCCUAUGAUUCCCCUUUAGCCCCUCAGUCCUGUACGCUACUAUGAAGCUCAGUGAGAAGCGGCUGAGGUGGCGAAGGACUGCUACACCACUCGUUUGUACGUAGCUUUUAAACGACCUGAGCUGUGUGAUUUUACAUUUCGAUACUGAGAGCAACUGAAUUUAGUGUCGCGUUUGCGUGUGAAUGUUGAGAAUCGUUUUAUAAUUGCUUGUAGCGGCAAUGUUUGAGGCGGAGCUGUUUGUGAGAGCGCCAUCUGAAGGCUUGGAUGAUGCAGUGUUGAUCUGGUAUUCGGCGUUUGUUGAGUUUUUCAUGGACUGUGGUUGAGGUGAUUAGAUGAUGGCUCCCCCUGCAGGCUUGGAUGAUCUGUUUCUUUAAGGAUUGAUAUGCCUUUAUUGCGUAGGGGUUCACAUGCUUACCCAGGACUAUUAAAAAGCCUACCUGGCCAGGUUUGGGGCCUUGGUGCUUAUCAUGGCUACCUUACGGUUAUCGAUAUAAUCCAUAACACAGUGGUGAUAAUCGCUUUUAGUUUCAGUUGCAAAGGCCUUGGAACUUAUUAAAGAUUUUACUGUGACAUUGUGCAAGUGUGGAUUUUAUCUUCAACGCAAUGAAAGCCAGCCUUUUGUUUCAGAUUCUCCAAAAAUGUGAAGAGGUUUUGAGCGCAGGAGAAAGCUUGCCGGUGAACUUCCUCCUUAAGUUAAAUGUGCUGCAUUAUACAGACGUUUAUGAAGCCCUGAAGCUGUGAAAAGUGUUGGAACAUCACUCUCUCAGCACUUUGUGGCCUUUUUCCUUGCGCUUGAGUGAUCUGCUCUCUGUUAUCUAUCACCUGUAUUUCUGUCAGCACGUAGUUUAUAUGAAACCAUACGAUUCUUUAAGUGUCCUUAAGCUGACAGCAUUAGGAGUUGCUGCUGUCAGUGCUGCGUUUAUUAGUGUGAUGAGAGAGUUCGAUAUUCUUUUCCUCGUUGAAAUGCCUUGAACGUGUGUGCAUGUUGCGAUCUGUGGAAGAAUUGCCUCACUGAGCAGAAAUAAAACCGUAGGCAUGCAAUCAAAA